AUGAAGAUCCUUCUCAGACUGUAUUAAUAAUUUUAACAAGACGAAGUUUAUAGUUUAUAAUUAUUAUUGUAAAAUUAAAUAUAUUUCAUACAAGCGCAAACGUGAAAAAGCACCUUUCUAUUAUAUCAUGGAAAAAGAGGGCAUAACUUAUUGUCUUUUAUGCGCUCAAAUAAAAUGUUUCAGUAAGUUAAUAAAUUUGCACACCGAUGGAAUGUUACAAAAAACUGCAAUUAAAUUGUCCCGUUUGAAUAUUUCAUACGAUGCUCUUGACGAUAAAAAAUUACCAAGAAUGAUAUGCAUUUCUUGUAUGGAAAAAUUGGACAAAGCUUUUGAAUUCGUUUCGGAAGUGGACAAGGCCUUGAUCAUGCUGAAAGAAUUAUAUGAAAACAAAUUAAAAAAAGAUGAUAGUUCCACAGAAACGCAAGAGAGUGAUGUGAGAGAUAGUGAAUCCAAGUACAGUGUAUACAUUAAGCCAGAAGAUACCCAAUCUUCAGACUCUGAAGCAAGUUGUGAUUCACUAGGUAAGAAGCGCGAUACUUCUAGUGAAAGAUCUCUUAGCGAUACAUUGGAAAAAAAUUCAGACAUGUCUUCAAAACAGUUAACUUGGAAUGAUUACAUAUGGACCUGUGCAUACUGUGAAACACAGUUUUCUACCCUUGAAGAACUUCAAACACAUUCAAUGCAAUAUCAUCAAUGUUGUAAUGCCUACAAAUGCUAUGACUGUAAAAUAUGGAAGAUGAACUUGAAACAAUUCAUAAUCCAUGUCAAAAGUCAUAAGAAAUAUCUUAAAGUGGUGUGUCAUAAAUGUAAUAAGAAAUUUAUGUUUGCAUGUCAUGUACAUAUGCACAUGAAAACUGCCCAUGCUACGAAAUCACCCUUUGUUUGCCUGGGAUGUGAUGUUGAUUUUCUAAAUCAAGAAGAACUAAGUAAUCAUAGCCAGGCAUUUUAUAAAAAUAAGCGUAGGAAAUAUAUUCCAUUAAGAAUAAAGUCUAAUACAAAUAAUUUAUACUGCAUUACUUGUAAAAAAUCAUAUAAAACAAAGGGAACUCUCCAUGCUCAUUUAUUAACUCACACUGACAGAAAACGAGAGCACAUUUGUGAGAAAUGUGGCAAGGGUUUCUUAAGGAAACGUGAUUUAGUAGAACAUACAUCAAUACAUGAUGAACGUAUACAUCAAUGUAAAGUGUGUCAGAUGAAAUUCAAAACUUUAAGGAUUUUGAAGCAGCAUGAAAGUAUCCACAGUGCUGAGAAACCAUUCAAAUGUGAUGAGUGUGGGCGAGAAUUCCGUCUGAAAAAUCAACUGACUACACACAGUAUUAUUCACACUGACUCCCGGCCACAUGAAUGCACUUAUUGCGACAAAAAAUUUCGAUUUAGGAGUGUACUUCAUCUUCACCUACGACAGCACACUGGAGAAAAACCAUAUUCAUGUGAUAUAUGUGUUCGGAAGUUUACAAAUUGGCCUAAUUACAAUGUACACAUGAAACGAAUGCACAAAAUAAAUAUGGCGAAAAAGAAAUUACCUGCUAAUGGUACACCUAACAAUCAAUUAACUAGUAAAAUUACAAAAGAUUUAACUAAUGAAACACUUGAAUGAAAGAGUCAGAUGUUAAAUUGGAGAGCAAGAGAAAAGAAUAUUGUAACAUACAAGCUAAACUCUGUAUGCAAUUGUACUGCCAUGUAGAUCAAAAAUCUAUUAUGUUAAAGAAUAGUGUAAGCUAAAGUUUUCAUUAAGACAAAUCAACAAUUAAUUAUUUAAGGCACAAAUUAUUUAGGGUCAAACAGAAAGUUAUCACAUACUAUUAGUU